GCGUGACGAAUUAGGAAUUCAAAGAUUCAGCCAUGUUCUAUAACCUUCGUGGAGAGAAGACCUUUCAGCUUUUUCAGUAAUGGGAGCAGGAGCCUCAGUUGCAAAUGAGGAGGAAGUAAGAGAAUUGGAAUCAAAUUCAAACUUUACCACUAAAGAGAUAACCAAGCUGCUAAAGAGGUUUUCGCGCUAUGACCCUGAAGGAAAAAAUGGUGGUAUAAGCCUGAAACAAUUCUUAGACAUACCAGAGAUAUCUACAAAUCCAAUCAUGCCAAAAGUGGCCUCUGCGUAUCUUGAAAGGAGAACCAACAGAAUAACGUCCAAAUCAUUCAUUAAAGUUAUGUCCAGACUCAGUCCUCGCAAUUCUCUUGAGGACAAAAAAGAAUUUGCAUUCCAGUUACUGGACACUGAUCAAGAUGGAUACCUGUCAUACAGUGAACUGUUCAGCUUGCUUAGAAUGGUCACUGGUCCUUUAAUCACAGAUGAUCACUUGUUAGGAAUGAUAUCAAGCAUUUUAAACAGCAGUGAACUGCAGCAGACUUCAAGGUUGACAUUUGAUGAAUUUACAAAUAUUGUCUCUGAUGAGGAAAUAGGAGAUCUUUUCACCGUGGAAUUGCAGCUCCCAUAAUUGAUACAGUGUCUAAAAGAUGGAUGUCUAGUUUGAAUUACUGUUAGGCCUUAAAGAGAAAUCUCUGCCAACUAAACGUACGGGGUGAAAUCACUCACCAAACAUCUAGCCAGUGGCUUGUUCCUCCUUUGUACCCAAUCUCUCCACAGGAAAAGGAAACGGGUGCGCAGUGGGUGAAGGGAAGUUCCUCGCCCUACGUAUUUGCGCUCGUUCAGAGUGUACGCAACUGCCUGAAGAAGAAGAGA